AUGAACACCGGGAUCAACAUCGACAACCACGUCUGGACAGACGACUGGCCCUUCCCGGUGACAUGGAAGCCGGCGAAAAAGGUGACGAUCCACACCUCGUACGCCAACCUGACGAACCCGCGCGUCGACAACGAGGGCACCACCGUUUUCCAACGCCUCGCCGCCUCCUCGGGGCUCGUCAACUCGGAACUGGGCCUCGACUGGACCGUCGGCCACGUCGAGACGGUCAUCAACGCCAUGCUCACCAACGGCAUGGCGCGCACCGCGCCCGCCGCAUCCCCCAUUGUCACGCUCAAAGACCCCGACGGCGCUUGGUGGCGCGACUUCUUCCCGCGCAAGACCCAGUUCGGCUUCCCCGAGUCCGGGACGGUCUUUGACGUGACCGAGGCCCGGCGGGCCACAUCGCAGGCGCUGCACUUCCGCGCCGAGAUGAAGGGGUUCGCGUACUCGGCCAGCGACAGCACGGUGUGGUACUCGAUGAUGGGGCUGUUCGCGUACUGCUUCGUCGCGGUGGCGUUCAUCGCGUGGAGUCUUGUGGUGGGCGUCACGAGCAAGAGCUGGGAGUCAACGCCGGAGCUGCUGGCGCUGGCGAUGCGGAGUCCGCCGCCGGGGGACGAGAAGAUGCCGACGAGCAUCCUGGAGGACACGAAUGCGUUGAGGGAGAGGUAUUGCAUCGUAGCGAGCGGGGCGGACGUGCUGCUGCGGCCGAUGGAGGGGACGGAGAGGGUUCCGGAGGGGAUGAGGGUAAAGCCGAAUGUGAUGUACAGGUGA